CUUAGGUGAUAGAGCUGUGUUGAUGCACGAGAAGGUAUACUAAAUGACGUAAAAGUGGCUUUGAAAUCUUGCUGAAAAGUGGGUAGAUUUUGGACUUUAGUGUGAGUGACUUAUGGGAAAAAAGGCAGUUCGGUUGUCUUAUACUUUAAGAAGAAUUUCGGUGGUAAGAUCAUAUAUCAUGUUUCUAUGGUAUUGGUAUUCGUGGUGUAAGCUAUAGAGACAUAAUAUUUGAUCUAAAAUGGAUAGUUAGAGGCUCGUAGACGCACGCGGCUCCCCAUUCUCGACGUGAGCCCGCACCGGAAGCAGACAGAGAUAAGGCGACAGAGUGCAUGUCAGAGAAUGACAACACCAGACAUUACGACAGUGCCAGUGUGGACAGACCGAUCUUUGGCACUGCUCGUGAAAUGUCAGGUUCCAAGGGUGGCGAAUCGAUGCUGCUGUUCCCGUAGUUACAGAGAGGAAAGGGGGAAAAAAGGAGAAGAAAGAGUGUAGAUUAUUCAUCAACGGCGGGAAAGUGAGUGAGGCGUGUUCUCUCCCACCUGCGCCGAAGUGCGAGCCUGCCGACUGGGAAACAGGUGUAACACCGGCGAGACAGAAUGUGCCCCUCGCCAAGACGCCCCUCCGCCGCGCCCGCCGCUCGAACCUUCGUCUUCCAGCAUCUCCUUCUUCUCCUUCUGUGCAUGCGAGCCUCCUCAUCAAUCACCCCAGGGGCACCAACGUCGCCCUUGCCUCACGAAAAGUACGGAGGCGAAGAACAUGAAGAAAGGCUGGUUUCUUCUGAAGGAGACGACGGCGGCAAUUUUUUCCCACAAGAUGUCGGAGUUCGGAGUUCUGAGUGGUUCGCAGAAGUACAGACACUGGACAUAAUAACAAAGCCAAUCAUAAAUGUGGCUGGACAAUCCCAUAUUACGGUGGAGUUUAGGGAAAACAAUCACCAUCUUCUGAUUGACUUGCAUCCAACCAGCGAUCUCUUAGCCGAGACUUACCGGAAACCAGAGAACGGGACGCAGGAGGACCCGAAGCGGAGACAGGAGUGCGCCUUCCAGGGGACGGUCAGAGACCUGCCGGGCUCGUGGGCGGCCCUGACCCUGUGCGACGAAGUCAGGGGCGUGGUGGUGGUAUCCGGCAGGGAGCUUCUGGUGGAGCCUCUGCCAGGGACAAGGACCCCCGAGGGACCACACAGGAUCGUCUCGAGGGAACAGGUGGAGUCUGUUCCAGGAAAAUGUGGAGUUGACACCGAGCACGAAGGAGGCGAAACCCUGACCGAUAUUAUGUCAGCUUCACACAGGGUACGUCGCGGGGCGCUGCACGGGGCCCUCUGGACGGACAAGUUGACUCGCUUCGUGGAGGUGGUCAUCGUGGCCGACCGCAGCUUCUACCUUAAGUUCCGCGACAAGGUGGACGCCCGCUGCCGCGCCAUGGUCAACAUCGUGAACGCGAUGUACCGCCCGCUCGGUGUCGUGGUUGUCCUCACCGACCUCAUUAUAUGGGACGACUCCGACAAAAUCACCGUAACGAACAGACACGUGGACCUCCUUGGCAGGUUCACGGCCUACCGUCUCAAGCUGCUUCAGGAAAGGCCUGAUUUGCCCAAUGACAACACUGUUCUGUUGACGAGAGUGGACUUCAUUGGCUCGACCGUCGGAUAUGCCACCGUGAAAGGCAUGUGCAGCAAGAACUCCUCCGUGAGCGUCGUGCAAGACAAGAACGAGGCCGUGGGCAUUGUUGCACAGACUCUUGCACACGAGAUGGGCCACAACCUAGGCAUGUUGCACGACGAGGACGCGGAAUACUGCACGUGCGAGAGUAGCAAAUGCGUCAUGGGAGGCACUGGCAGCAGCGUCUACAACUCCAGCAUGGGUUGGAGUUCCUGUAGCAAGAAGUACCUCGCUCAGAGCUUCUCCACCGCCGGCUUCGACUGCCUGAAGAACGUCCCGACGAAGCUGUACUCGCGUCCCAGCUGCGGCAACGGCGUGGUAGAGAAGGGCGAGCAGUGCGACUGCGGGCCGGCGGAGUUCUGCGACAACCCCUGCUGCGACGCCGACACCUGCAGGCUGGCUGAGAACGCCACCUGCGCCUCGGGGGCUUGCUGUGACACUAAGACAUGCAAGCCUCUGCCUACCGGGUCCUUGUGCCGCGAUGCCCUGUCCGAGUGCGACCUGCCCGAGUUCUGCGCGGGGGACUCGGAGUACUGCCCCGCCGACGUCUUCAGGAGGGACGGGGAACUUUGCUUCGAUGGAAUGGGCCACUGCCACAGAGGCGAGUGCGGCAGCCACGAGCAACGGUGCAAGAUAGUCUGGGGACCGACGACUUCCAAGGCUGGUGAUAGGUGUUACAAUUACAACACUCAAGGUAGUUCGAACGGCAACUGUGGCUUCGAGGACAGAGGUCUGAACACCCUGAGCAAGUGUAGUCAGAGAGACUCCCCCUGUGGCACCCUGCACUGCCUCCCUGCUACGGACAAGCCCAUGCUCACGGGCAGUUACCGGUAUGGGAAUAUAGGCAAGUGCCAUUACGUGUUGGCAUCGAGGCACAUACCCAGCGCCUUCUGGUUGGUUCCCGAUGGCUCUAGCUGUGGCGUGAACAAGAUGUGCGUGAAGCAGAAGUGCAAGGAAAUCGCAGAACCUGACGGCGUAUCUCAGUGUCCCAACGGCUGCUCUGGCCACGGCGUGUGCAACAGCAACAACAACUGUCACUGCGACCUUGGCUUCGGCCCUCCGGACUGCUCAGGCUUUGGUUUCGGAGGCUCCUACGAUAGCGGACACAUGGAGGAGCCCCGAAUGAAUCCGGUACUGAAGGCCAUCAUCAUCAUAUUCUUCCUUCUGCUGGCCAUCGUCAUCAUCUUCUGCUGCACGUUCGACUUUCUGCGCAGGUGGUGGGAGAAACGGGGUCGAUCUCGCGUCAGAUCCAGCGUCCCUUGCUGUGCCUCCUGCAUCGAUUCCUGCUGCUGCUUCUUCAUGGCCAAAUUCACUCACUGGGUCGUCUCCGCCGGGCCCCUCGGCAAGGAGAAGCACGCGGUUCAGCGCCAAGUCGAGGCGAAAGAGGGAGGGGACAGGACUACAAUCUGUCAAGUGGACGUCGAUUUUAACAAGGACUUGUCCAAGACGAAUACGUGGGGCGUCGCCGAUGACAAGCUGGUGACUGACAUCGUUACUAUCACGCCGAAGAACUCUCCUGACCUUAGGAGGAAGGUUCAGCUGCCUUCGGAUUCGCCCGUUCUCUACCACAAGUCCCAUGAAGGUCUAGAUCGCCCUACGUACAUCCAGUCGCUCUCGGUCGACUCAGGCUGCGUUGUCGACGACGAGGAAGUGAUCACGAAGGAGCCCGUGUCGUCGCAGAUGUCUAUGACGAGUCUGGUGAGCGCCCUGAGGAAGUUCAACUCGAAGUCGCCCAAGACCCCGGACCGGGAGGCGGGCCAGCCCAAGUUCCCCGCCCGGAAGAUUUCCAAAACGCCAGAACGCGAGAUUCAACGGCCGCCCUACGUCACGCAGAAGUCCAUGCCCUUGAGCCGCUUCGUCGUGGAUCCUCUCGCCGGAAAUCGGAACUCGCGGCAGGGGACGCCUCCUCCUUUCGAAGAACCGACGCCCAACUACCGCCGCUCCGUCUCCACCGACAUGGUCUCCGCCUGCGGGACCAAGACCCCGGAAGCCCGUCCCCGCCCUCCUCCGCCCGCCCUCAAACCGCACAAGAGCGAAGACAACAUCCACCGAGCGCCCACGACGAGGGACAACCCCUUCUUCCCCCCGGACAAGGUCAUCGGGAGGCCGGGCCGCGCCAACGGGCAAGGCUCCUCGAGCGAGAACAGCAGCGAGUCUCUCGACGGCAGACUCGGACAGCCCACGACGCCGAAGAAGAGCUUUCCGGCGAGGGCAGCGCCGCCGCCGCCGCCUCCUCCAGGACAGAAGAAGCCCAAACACUCCCCCAAGUUGCCAAUGCUGCCCUCCGGGGCGAAAAGACCCUCGCCGCCGGCGGGACACCCUAGACCAGGUCCUCCAACGCCUCCUUCGGCGGCAAAGCCCGGGAAUCCUCCGGCCGCUGGCGGGAGCGUCAAGGACCUGAUUCGCAGGAUGGAGACGAACUAACGAAGAGCCAGCGCGAAUGGCGAUUCUUGGUAUUACAGUCAUAUAUAUAUAUAUAUACACACACGCCCACACACACACACACACACACACACACACACACACACACACACACACACACACACACACACACACACACACACACACACACACACACACUUUAUAUGUGUGUGUAUAUAUAUAUAUAUAUAUAUAUAUAUAUAUAUAUAUAUAUAUAUAUAUAUACAUACAUAUAUAUGUAUAUAUACAUAUAUAUUCAUCUAUAUAUAUACAUAUAUAUACAUAUAUAUGCACACGCACACACACACACAUAUACAUAUAUUUAGUUAUGAAUGUUAUGUAUGUACUUGUGUAUGUGUGUAUAUGGAUUUUUUUUUGUCUGUGCCUCUGUACACAUUACCCACAUUACUAGCACUGCCGACUUUACUUACUUAAUGUUGCAUGCACUACCUAUAAUAUUACAGUAUGUAUCCUUACAUCAGUAUUGAAAUCAUGAUAUUGUGAAUGUAAUGUGAUAUCGCAGGCUGUGAUGGUUCUGCAAGGGAUGCAUGUAUAUAUCUGCAACUUCCUUAUGUGUUCGUAAUAUUAAGUUCAGAUAAUUUAUUUCUUGAAUGCAAGAUAGUGUCAAAGCUAACGCUCGUGGAAUUUGUUAAGAUAACCGAUUGCAUAUCAACAGUGAAGAGAAAGGUGUCACGAUGUUAACAGAAGGGCAGAUAACUAGGUGAAAUUAUGAUGGUGAAAUAAGUUGAUUAUUAAUGUAAUCAAAGGCCCUGCGAUGGAGACCAGAACUGUAUAACAACGGAAGAGUAACUUUGAUCAAAGGCUUUCGUUGUUUUUCUUUAUUCUUGGCAGUGAAAAUCCAUACACAGUAGUAAUGACUCGUAUAAGAAAUGUAUCACAGAAAAUGAUUAUUGUAUGGCUUACAGAAGGCCAUUCACUACCAAAGAUGAUAAGAAUAAGUUGCGUAUAUUAUAUUAAUGAUAAUAGGAUGCUAUAACGGUGAUAGAAACAAGACCACAUGUAUCCAUCCACUGUGUGAUGCUUACAUGUGUGUGAAUGUGAAUAUAUACAUAGCACAAGCUUGGACUUUUCUAUUUCCGUAUCAGGCUUGUCUUUUCUCAGUUGUUGUUAAGAAGAAUAAAUUUUUUUUAUAA